ACCCGUAUUCACAAACAAUACUUGUUUAAGCAAAGGAGCAGCACUAUGCGAAGUAAGACAUUUCUCAAUGCGUUCCAUAUGGCAAGCAUUCCAUUUCGUAAACAAUACUCAAGCGACACUUGACUAAGCGAACGCAUUGCGUUGAUUAAAGCUCUGUGAUUGGUUCGUUUACGUUACGCAGUUCACUCUGCUUCUGAUUGACAUCUGUCAAUUGUCAAUAUAACCUAUAAAAUACGAUAAAUAUUGUUCGAAGUUUUUGUUUUGUGGUAGUUUUGCUUGUGUGGACUUGUAAUAAAUAUGGAUAAAAUUACACCUUCUUCAGGUUCAGUAAACAUAACCAUCAGUUCAAAAAAGCUGGCAUUUUCUUCUGCCGAGAAAGAGUUGAUUGUAGCCUUAGUACGGGAACGGCCUAUCAUUGAAGAUAAACGUACACAUGCUAAAAAUAUUGAGUUGAAGAAGCAGGCGUGGGAGGAUCUAGCGGUAGCCUACAAUUCUCAGUCAUAUGUCUCACAAAGAGUCACUCAUCAAUUAAAAAGAUGCUGGGAGAAUAUAAAGACCCAAAGGAAGAAAGAACUUUCUCAGGAGUCGAUGAGUAUGAAACGCACUGGUGGAGGCCCUCCGGAAAAUGGCUUCAUGGUGUCUGAUAAUGUUAUAGACACAAUCUGUCCAUUUAUAAAUUUGAGAGUUCCAGGAGUAAUUGACUCAAAUACAAUUGAAAUUUUAGCUGACACAAUAGAACCAAAUUAUGGGAAGAAUCUUGAAUUCAAGGCAGAAAAACCAACUGUGAAAGAUGAUAUGAAGAAACCCGAGUAUGGGAAGAUCCCUGAACUUCAGUUUGAAAAUGCAACUGCAAAAGUUAUUGAUCUGAGCACAGAAGAACAAACCGAAAACCAUUCAAGGAAACGACCAAUAUUUGCACAAUUACAAAAUGAAAUAGAUGAAAAUAGCUAUUUGCAGCCGAAAAGGAAAUCUAAUAAAGAUACUUUUUCCACACCGACUAGUAGCAAGAAAUUUCUAAGCGAGACAGAAGCAAGAGUAAAACGCAGCACGAUAAACAUACAACAGGACCAGGCAUUGCACGAGUUGAGGAUACAGCGGGAAAAGAUUUUGAUAGAAAGAGAAAACAAUUUGUUGGAGUACGAGAAAAAGAUACAUGAAUUUCAAAUUCAAAAAAUUAAAUUAGAAAUUGAAUUGUUAAAUAAACAAAUUGGAAAUUAA